AUGUCUUCAGGAGAGAGAGAGUACGAAUUGGUUAUCUUUGGAGCCACGGGAUACACAGGAAAACUUACAGCGGAACAUAUUGCCACACAUUUACCUACAGAUCUUCGUUGGGCUUUAGCAGGACGUUCUGCCAGCAAAUUGGAGGCUGUUGCAGCCGAAUGCAAGUCUCUAAGUCCGGAUAGAUUACAACCAGCUAUUGAAAUUUGCAACCUAGAUGACGCGGAGCUGAGUGCAUUGGCUAAAAAGACAAAGGUCAUCUUGGCAACAGUUGGCCCUUAUGCUCUUCACGGCGAACAUUGCUUUAAAGCAUGUGCCGAAAAUGGUACACAUUAUUUUGAUGUCACAGGAGAAGUACCAUGGGUAGCUAAGAUGAUCAAGAAAUACGAAGGCGCCGCUAAAGCUAGUGGUGCGCUCUCUGCACCUACUGGUGAAGUCAUCGUAUCUUUACACGAGAUGAAAGCCAAACCAUCCGGGGGAACCAUGGAAACAGUUUUCACACUAUUGGAAGUAUUCAACCUUAAGCAACUCAAAGGUGCAUUUACUCCAUACGCUCUAUCUCCAAUACCUGGUCCAAAAGUUCGCCCAUCUACAUCUCUCAUCACCAAACUUACCGGAAUUAAAGUCGUACCGGAUUUAGGAAUUCUUACCACUUCUCUUGCAGGGUCAACCGAUUUAGCUAUCAUUCAUCGAAGUUGGGGGCUAUCUAGCGAGAAGCAGUUCUAUGGUCCUAAUUUCAAGGUUGAGGAAUACAUGAAAGCAAGAAAUUAUCUCACUGGUAUGAUGAUACAUUUUGGUCUCAUUCUUGGUGGUCUAUUUUUAGCAAUUCCAAUUUUCAGACAUACUGCCAGGAAAUAUGUUUAUCAACCAGGAGACGGAGCAACGAAAGAGGAAACAAAGUCUGAUCGAGUCGAGUUCCGAGCUAUUGCUAAACCGGACAAUGAUCAAGCUAAUCCUCCACGAAUCUUCUGUCGACAAUAUUAUGAUGGUUCAAUCUAUGGAUUGACUGGUAUAUUGAUUGCUCAGGGUGCAAUUACAUUACUUCGAGAUGAUCACAAAUUGUCAGGUGGUAUCUACACUCCAUCUUUCUUGGGUGAAAAAUACAUCAAUCGCCUUCAAUCCGUCAAUGUCAAAUUUGAGACAAAGGUAUUUGAAAAUUAA